AUGGCCUCCAACACCAAAUACCAGCCUGCUCCCCAGCAAGACCCCGACGACUACACCCAAGCGCCGCCCGCCUACGCCGAAGGCUCAUCCUCUCGCGACGAACAACAAGGCCUCUUUGGUCCUCCACGCAGCAGCGAGGACAACCUCCCCGAUGACUUCAAAGUCCGCAACCCCUUCCCCCUCAUCACCACACUCAUAACUAACAAGUCCCAGUUCGGAGGGUCCGUAGCCGAAGCAACAGUCGACAUCCGCAACCAGUUCGUCCGCAAAGUAUACACCAUCCUCACAGUCCAGCUCAUCGCCACCGGUGCCGUCAGCGGCCUCACCUUCUUCAGCGACACCUACCGCACAUGGAUCCAAUCCCACCCCGGCGUCGUCUGGAUAUCCCUCAUCGGUGCCAUGGUCUUCAUGGGCCUCACCUACUGGAAGCGCAAGUCCUAUCCCACCAACCUCCUCUUCCUAAGCCUCUUCACCCUCGCCGAAGCAUACUCCAUCUCCGUCAUCGUCUCCUUCUACAAGACGUCCAUCGUUCUCAACGCUGUCAUCCUCACGGCCGGUAUAUUCGUCUUCUUGACCCUGUUUGCGUGCCAGACAAAAUACGACUUCACGUCAUGGAUGCCGUAUUUGUUUGGCGCGCUGUGGGCGCUGGUCCUGUUCGGUUUGAUGGCCAUGUUCUUCCCGUACAAUUCUACCGCCGAGCUCGUGUACGGGGCGGUGGCGGCGCUUAUCUUCAGCGGCUACAUCUUGGUUGAUACGCAGCUUGUUAUGCGUCACCAUCAUGUUGAGGAGGAGAUUGCUGCUGCUAUUAGCUUGUACUUGGAUAUUAUUAACUUGUUCCUUGCUAUUCUGCGCAUCCUGAAUAGCCAGUCCAACAACUAG